ACCUCCACACUGCAGACCACACCAACGGCAUCACAUAGUUCCUCCUUUUAUAUUGCUCCCACCCAUCUAUUAGGGUUGUUUGAAGUCUCUUCGCGUAAUAGGUGGGUGUUUGUCUGAAAUGGGGCCCCAUCAUUUGAGAGAUUGUAGCAGCAGACCUGGAGGGGACAGUUUAUACUCCCUGAAACAACCUGGAAUUUACAACCUUGGACACUCCCUCCUUUGCGAGCCUUGAGCCAGCCAUUUCAGAGUGUCUGCAUGCUGUUUGAGACGCAUGCGACUGGAGCAGAGUCACGGCCGGUUUCUCCUGGAGCUGAACCAACCAUCCCGGCGGAGGCGGCCGGUGUGUUCCUCCCUCCCCACUGAAGCUUCCUAUCGGCACGCGGCGGAGAGAGCAGACGGCUGGCUGUCACCGCGCUCUCGCCGCCGACAAGGGAGCCGCGUGCCAGAUGGACCCGCGCUCUGCUGCGUCGGAUCUCUCCAAGUGAGAAGACUCUCCCUGCCAAUGUGUGUCCCCUGCUUCUCAAACUUGGACCAUUGCCUCUUUUCGUGGCGAGAAACAUCCAGGCUCCUCUCCAGCCCUCCAAAGCUCUUUCUCUGCUGACAAACGAGCUCGUAAAAGGCAUUUUACAGCCCAGAACUAAACCACAACUUAUACAAAAUCAACUUUUUUUUUUCUGCGGAUAAAGAUUGUUUGCCGUGCUGUCUGUGUGGAAGUAAAUGGACUGGGAUUAACUGGAGUUCAAACUUCUUUCUUUUAUCAGUAUUUUAUCUCACCUGGAGUUGUCUGAUCGUCCAAAAUCCAAGACAAAACUAACUUGAAGGCAAAGAGAAGCGAGCAUGAUGCGCAGCGACCUCACCUUCUGUCUGGGCUGACGCACAAAGCGAGCGAAAUGGGAUUGUAAACUAUGUGGAGUCAUUCCUGAGUCGCUUCCCUCGGUGUAUGGAGCAGAGCAGCCCGAGGAUGACGAGCGGAACCCGGGAGACACCGGUGAACUCCUCCCCGGCGGUGGCGGCCAACGCUGAGGGCGAGGAAAUCGAGGUUUUGGAAAGCACCGACGUCUUGCCCGUGGCUCCAGAGGAUCAAUGGAAGUCUCUGUUUGACAAGUAUGACCCAGACAACUCAGGCUUCAUCAGUACUGAAAGGUUCAGGGACCUGCUGGCGACGCACGGCUCUGAGCUUGACCCACACAAACUGGAAGUCCUGCUGGCUCUCGCUGAUGGAAACGCUGAUGGAAAGAUAUGUUACCAAGACUUUGUAAACCUGAUGAGUAACAAACGCUCCAACAGUUUCCGGAGGGCCAUCCUGCAGGGCAGCAGGCAGUUGAAAGGCUGCAGUCUCAGAGAUGAGGUGGGCUUGGGGCUGCCCCAGCGGCUCGUCCGUCAUGUCGCUUAUGAGACGCUGCCCCGCGAGGUUGAUCGCAAGUGGUACUUUGACAGCUACACCUACUGCCCGCCUCCCUGGCUAAUCCUGGUUAUCACUAUUGCUGAGGUUGCUGUGUUCAUGUAUUAUGGGUUCCAGCUGGACCGUCUGGUCCUGCAGGUGUCCAGCCCUUCUUUCCUAAAGAGCCCCUUACCCUACCACCCCCAGCUGCGGGCCCAGGCCUGGAGGUACCUCAGCUACAUUUUCAUGCACACUGGGAUUGAACACCUGAGCCUGAACAUGGCCAUGCAGCUGCUGGUGGGAGUCCCCCUGGAAAUGGUCCAUGGAGCCCUGAGGAUCGGACUCGUCUAUGUGUGUGGUGUGCUGGCAGGGUCUCUGGCUGUGUCAGUCACUGAUAUGACGGCUCCAGUGGUCGGAUCAUCAGGUGGAGUGUACGCUCUGGUUUCUGCACAUUUGGCCAAUGUUGUAAUGAAUUGGUCGGGAAUGAAGUGUCAGUUCAAGUUAUUUCGGAUGGCCAUGGCUCUGGUUUGCAUGAGUGUAGAGUUUGGUCGGGCGGUGUGGCUCCGCUUCUACCCUCCGGCCUUUCCUCCGUGCCCUAACCCCAGCUUUGUAGCUCACCUUGGAGGGGUGGUUGUUGGUCUGACUCUGGGUGUGGUGGUCCUACAGAACUAUGAGCAGAGACUCCAGGAGCAGUCCUUGUUUUGGAUUUUUUUCUGUGUCUACACCUUAUUUGUGCUCUGUGCUGUCUUCUGGAACAUAUUUGCGUAUAGCUUACUAGAUGUGCGACUGCCUCCGCCACCAUGACCUGAUUUUAUUCCUCCAGGGGUAGAUUCCUGACUUCAGGGUUGGAUGCGUUGACUCAGCCUUCAUGAACUGAGCCUCAUAGUGGGGGAUCAGAGCCGACUGACUGGCUCCUGACAUGCAGCAGCUUCUGUGGUUCUGUGGUUAGUCUCAUUCUAACUUUCUCAGCCCACCUGCUACCUUUCUACCACUAACCUGCAAGCUAAUCUCCACCUGCUCCUUGUCUGGAUCUCUGUUGAACGUUUCUCCCAUGAGUAUCAGCCAGAGGGGUAUAUGUUGACAUCACUGUAUUGACAAAUGAGAAGCCGCGGAUCUGACACACUCCUCUCUUCAUGGCUUAACCUUCUCUGCCUCCUCCUCUUUAAUCCAACGGUGCCUUCAUAUGGAGACGUCAGCCUGAUGAAAGUAUUUCUGCACAGUUGCCUCUUUCUCUGACAGUAGUGAAACCCUGCAGUAUAAACCAUUUUAAGUUGUGUCACAGAAGUUCCUGAAAAUCCUGUAAUUUGCCUACAUCUCCAUAAUCAGUAAAUUAAGAAUAAGGUCGUGGCUUACUCUUUUGUCAUCAUUACAAGCAGCUCAUGAACAUAAGAAGGUAGAUUAAACAGAAAGAAGGCGAGUUAAAAAUCUCUAAGGUCCACAAGACAGAGAGAAUAGAUCAUAUGAGCUACAACAACUGUCAAAGGUGAUUAGGAAUUUACCUUUGAGGGGAAAAGUGUGGGUUAUGUAUUCAGUGUUGCCUUCAGGAUUUUGCACUUCCCUAGAGAAGGAUUAAUUUGAACAUUUAACUUUUGUCUUUGUCUUUUUUGUCUUUUGUGCAACAGUUGUACCAUUGUGUGUACAGAAAAGAAGCAGAAGUGCCAUUCAGUCUUUAAGCUUUGAAAAAAAAAGAUGCCAAAACACAUGGGGAAGAGCACAUCCCCUGAGAAAAAUUGCUUUGUCUAAGAAAAAAUAAUCUAAUUUUCCCUGUAAUGAUUGAGUUGAAUGUAACAAAAGGUGUUCAUGAUCUCUGUAGAAUAUUUCACUGAUGCUCUUGAGUCAACCAAGAAGUCCCCUUUUGGACUUUUGACAUUUUUUUUCAGCAGUGGAAAAUCUUGAUGAAGUGUCAGUUAUCUGUUAGUUAAUGAGUUGAUGAAUUAAGAGAAGUGGGAUUCAACUAUGGGAACAAGUAUUUGGAUAAGUAUUUUUCUCAUUACCAAAAGCAGAAGAGCACACACGACUGACCUCGACUACAUGCGGGCUGGGGUCAAUUCAUUCUCAUAUUGGUCAGCAACAGGGCAGAGAAACAAAUCAAUGCUCCUUGUUAGUUCUCGUCACAGCUUGGAUUGCUAAUUGAUUGAAUUUGGGAGAGAAAAGAACAACCCCAGCCCGAAGCUGUGAGUCUCUAACUGUACUGUACUUUAACCUCAUGUUACACUGGUAACUGCUUCGCACAAACAUUACUAUAAUGUAAUUAUAUACAGAUUAAUAUUUUGACAUGCAUUGGCUGUGUAUUUUUUUUACUCAGUGAUACAAGUAUGUUAUGUAAAUUGAUUUGUCAGUCUGCUUUGUGAUUUGUUAGCUAUAUUCUGUAUGUAUCCUAUUUAAAAAAAACAGCUAAAAGAUGGUCUGGGAUUGUAUAUAAUAAGGGCUAUGACACAAAACUGAGUGAGGGGUAAAUUGCUGAUAAUAUUUUAACAUUGUGCAUAUUUUGUAGAUUUGAUAUGUACAUACUGGAGUACAUUAAAAAGUUUUAUACAG